UAUUUGCUAGCUAGAUAUAUGUGUAUCUAUUAGUUCAGGUUUAAUACGAUAUUCCGAUCCAUACUCAAUGCCAAGGCACUAAAUACUGUACCUAUUUUGACUUAGCGCGGUUGCCGUAGCGCAUUUUCAAAAAUGGCCGACAGGCUGCGCAUGCGCAGUACAAUUAUGUUGGCUCUGGACACAGGCCGCAGAUCUUGCCUCGGACACGGCCACGCGCUUCACGAAAACCUUCUUCUCGGAUUCCUGUUCACCGGACAGCCUAUAACUGGACUCCAAUAGACGAAAUUUGAGCUUUGUGUUCCUGAAAACUCGCCGGGGUGCACGUCGAAGCUUCUCUGGCGAAGUUCGCUUGCUCUCCGCGAACAAAGAGACUCGUGUGGUCGGAACACGUCGCUAAGAAGAGAUCAAGUGAGUGUAAAUUGCUGAGCUUGUCGCGGGAAAUGUGUGCAAGAAAGACGGCAGAGCACAAGGAGGAACUUUGUCCAACCAACAAGGACGUCGAGCCACAACGUCACCUUUGCAAGUUGGAACCUCGAGUUGUCUUACCAAGAGCGGACAAGGAGCCCGAGUCCGCCCAAAUGAAAGAGGAGCGGGAGAUUGAGACGCCGCCGUGCAUAAAAGAGGAGGAGCAGGAGGGUCAAAUCAGCAAGUCUCCGUUGACUGGUGUCUCUGUGAAGAUUGAGCAAGACGUCACCGAAGCAGAUGUUGAUCCUGAGCAGCAGGUGCCAGAGGAGGAAAAUCCAGAGACCCCACACACAAAAGAAGACCAGCGGCAGGAUGAAAUCACCUUGUCUGCAGAAGAAGAUGGCGGAGGGCCACAAGUGAACAGGCUCAUUCCGCCACUUUCGGAUGACGAUGGCGUGACGUCACACUCGUCCGACACCGACGAACGCUCGAAAGACCUCAGUGAAGGCUAUUUUUGUCCUGAGCAGUCCCCACAAAUUAAAGAGGAGGAAAACCCAGAGACCCCACGCGUCAAAGAAGAAGCGCAGGAGGAUGAAAUCAGCAAGUCUCCGUUGAAUGGUGUGGUGAAGAGUGAGGGGCCGGAUGAAGACCAGGAUGGACGAUCCCGAUCAGACGACCUCUUGGCUCCACUUUCAGAAGGUGACGACGUCACGUCACACUCUUCUGACUAUGACGACGAUCAGGAUGAUGAUGACCUCUCCCAUGGUGAUAUGACAUGUCACACUGGCAAAGGACGACUGAAAUGUUCUGGGUACGACAAAACCUUUGUCAAAAAGUCCUCCUUGAAAAGACACACGAGAACACACGGCGCAGAAAAACCUUUUGUUUGCUCAGUUUGUGGUAGAAGAUUUUCUGAAAAGCGAACUUUAGCAUCACACACAAGCAUACACACAGGGGAAAAAACCUUUGCCUGUUCAAUUUGUGGUAAAACAUUUUAUAGCAAAAGGGAUUUAACAAGGCACACAAGAACACACGCUGGGGAAAAACCUUUUGCCUGCUCAGUGUGUGGUAAAAGCUUUUAUAGUAAAAGUGAUUUAACAAGGCACACAAGUACACACACUGGAGAAAAACCUUUUGUCUGCUCAUUUUGUGGUAAAGGAUUUUCUGAAAAGCCAAGUUUAACAUCACACAUAAGCACACACACGGGAGAAAAACCUUUUGCCUGUUCUGUUUGCGGUAAAACAUUUUCUAAGAAGGACAGGUUAACAAGGCACUCGAGAACGCACACUGGGGAGAAACCCUUUGCCUGCUCAGUUUGCGGCUCACGAUUCAGACAGAAGGGCCAUUUGAAAGCGCACACAAGCACACACACUGGAGAAAAACCUUUUGCCUGUUCAGUGUGCGGUAAAGGCUUUCCGAAAAAGGGAUAUUUAACAGUGCACACAACAACACACACUGGGGAGAAACCCUUUGCCUGCUCACUUUGCGGCGCACGAUUCCGACAGAGGGGACAUUUAAACGUACACAGAAGAACCCACACUGGGGAAAAACCUUUUGCCUGUUCAGUGUGUGGUAAGCGAUUUAUUCAUAAGGGUGAUUUAACAAGGCACGCGGUAGCGCACACCGGGGAAAAACCCUUUGUCUGCUCCGUUUGUGGGAGGCGAUUCAUUCAAAGAAGCACCUUGACAGCUCACAGGAGAACACACGCUGAAGAAAAACAUUUUCUCUGCUCAGUUUGUGGUCAACGAUUCACUCGCAGCUCAAGUUUAAUUAAGCACGCAAAGACACACGCCGAAGAUAAUCCGCCGUCCUCGUUGUUGGCCAGGUAUGUCAAAACAAACACGGAAUGUGUUUCAGGCCACAUCAGCCAGUCAAAUUAACAUCUGUUGCUUCUGACAUGACCAUUUUUAGAUUUUGUCAUUUCAGUCAUGACCUCUUCUCCCGCCAAGCGUUGUCUCAGCAAUAUGGCGCCUAUUUUGCAGGAAGCGCCAAAGAAGCUUCUUGUAUGAAUACUGAUGAGAAAGGGGAGGUGGGAUUCCAAAAGACUUUGUUCUUCCCGCUCCUCUUCGUACACAAUCUGAGACCCACCCCCUCUCUCUCUGUCUCUCUCUUUUUUUUUGGGCGUGUGAAACACUCCCUUGUUAGUAUGAUAUGAAAUAAGCUAUGUCUCGAUGUCUCUCUGUGUUUUAGAGUAAGAUGCCAUUUAUCUGAAAUAAAUGGAAAAAUAAUU